AGUGUACCCGGAAGAUUUGGAUGCAAGUUUCUCGGACGUGCAUCCAUAUGUUCGCUUUUUAUGUAUCGAUCAUUGGUAUUGAUUUAAUUUAGGUGAUUUUAUAAACUCAAUACCGGGACGAUGUUGUCUUUAGAUUUCCUUGACGAUGUGCGGCGGAUGAAUAAGCGCCAGGUAUGUACGAUAACAUUGUUUUUGAUGUUGUGUGAAUGUGACGGAUUCUUCCAAGGCUCGUUAGCUAGCUAUCUAGUUAUGCUAGCAACAUUAGUCGGCUGGUUAGUAACACGUUGCUUAAAAUGUAAAGUGCUAGCUAGCUACCCAGCUGUCCGUGUGGUCUUAUGUACAAAUAGAAUUACCCUGCUAGCUAAAUACGUUACAUCGCCUAUUGAACAUGGAUGAUAAACUGGGUUGUCAAAAUAACUAGCUAGCUAGCAACCUUGCUAAAUCAAUGUAGCUUUAGCCUGUACAGUUUCCUCUCUGUCUAAAUAUGGUGUUACGUCAGUGUUCUUCAAACCUGGUACUGAGGACCCACAAAGUGUGCAGACUUUUAUUCCAGCCUAAGUUACUAGCUUCUACUAGAUUCUACUGAUCAUCAAGCCCUUUAUUAGCUGAAACAUGUAUAUUAGUACUGGGCUGGGACAAACAUAGGCUAGGACAAAAGCCUGCACACCCUGUGAGUCCCCAGGACCAGCUGUUGGUAGAUCUAGUUAUUAUAAUCAAACACUAGCUCAUCUUUGUCUCAACCUGACAACCUGUCUUAUUUGUUUUCAGCUCUACUACCAGGUGCUGAAUUUUGGUAUGAUAGUGUCCUCAGCCCUGAUGAUCUGGAAAGGACUGAUGGUUGUGACAGGCAGCGAGAGCCCUAUUGUUGUUGUCCUCAGGUAAAGCAUUGGUGUUGUCUAUAGCUUAUAUAGAUAGAGUGCUUUUCCAGACACUCAAAGCGCUUUACAUAGUAAGGGGAAAUUCACCACUUUCACCACCAAUGUGUAGCACCCACAAACCUACUGAUUGUCUGAAGCGCAUCUGCUAAUUUUCAGUAACCUGUCUAUCCUUGACUGUAACAUGUUCUUGGUUUCAGUGGGAGUAUGGAGCCUGCUUUCCAUCGAGGAGACCUUCUGUUCCUGACAAACCGGGUCGAGGACCCCAUCAGAGUCGGAGAGAUCGUGGUCUUCAGGAUAGAGGGCAGAGAGAUCCCCAUAGUACACAGAGUACUAAAGAUUCAUGAAAAGUUGGUCUAUGAUGUUUCUGUAGUUAUUGAAACGCGCUAGUUCUCUCUCGGGAUGGUUCUCAAUGUUGGUUACAAGUUUGAGAAGGCCUACUUCCCCCAAAAAAGUUUGUAUUGCUACAUAACACUCAAACUAGGCUUUAAAUAUUCAAUAUUAUUUCUUACCUCAUGUAUGUUUUUUAAUACAUCUGAAUAAAUGUGAUAUUGUCAGAGCAAUUUCAUAAGCUGCUCUGGGGCCAAGAAAUCCAUGUAUGACUUCCAAACUAAAUCUAAAUGUUAUUGUUUAUUUACUAAAUGUUGUUUAUCUCCAGGGAAAAUGGUGAAAUCAAGUUCCUGACCAAAGGUGACAACAACUCUGUAGAUGACAGAGGGCUGUACAAGCCGGGACAGCACUGGCUGGAGAAGAAAGAUGUGGUGGGAAGAGCCAGAGGGUGAGCAUUUAUCUCAUUCCACCAAAAUGAUACUAGGCUUAGUCUGCUGUAUGACUUCAGUCUAAUGCUUCACUUCACUGGACCUAUAUGAUACCAUUUCCCUUGAGAUAUUAUUUAGUGCAAAAUGAAACUGAACUUGAGUCUGCACUCAUCUAUCCUGUAGUAGUGGAAGGGCUCAAGCAGGGGUUAAAGUUCUCCGUCACUGCGACGGAUUUGAGAUCAGUGUAGAUCCGCAAUAAAAAUCUUGGGAGAUGGGAGGGCUGAUUUGGAGAUGUAAUACGAAGUUGUAUUUUCCCAAAUAAAUGUAUUCUCAAAUAUGUUAUUUUAUCUGUUACGCUGUGUGUACUGAACUGACAUACUGUUGCUGACACUCGGGUGUUCAGAGGAAAAUGGGAGUUUAAACUUUAAGAAAAAUUUUCAAUUUGUCACAUCCCUACACUAGAGGUGCAGUCAAGUUGCGAGAGCAGUUUUGUCAAAUGUAUUUUGAAAGCAGUUUUUUUUUUUAAAGCGGAGCUUCCCAAUUUUCCAUUGCUACCACCUUUAUUUCUCUACUCCUUCAAUUAGUGGCAUCAUUUUACAAAUGCAGUUACAACCGUAGUUUAAAGCAUGGUUUAGGCGUGUCUGCGCAAAGUAGUGAUGGGUAGUUUGCGAAUGAACAGCUUUUUUUGAGUGGCUGUUUUUUGUUAUUUUUGGCUAUUUUUUUUCAUUUAUUUGGCUCCCUGAUGUGCAUGCUGUUGCUUUUUAAGCAGACAUCGACUAUCUGCAGAUAAAUGAUAAAAAUAUUCUCUGAAGAUGGUAAUUCCUCAGUGCAGGAACAAUACAGUGAGGAGAGAGCCUCAUUCUGCUCUACGCUCAGUUAUUCAGUGCGUUACAUUUAGGCUUUUUUUUUGCAGGCCAUCUAAUAAUUUGGUCAGGUAAAAAUGUAUUUGAACUCAAAUUUCACUAUCUGACAUAAUGGUAGGCAACAUUUUAGGCUUUAAAUUAAGGCUUGACCAUUUUUUCAUGGUUUUAUGUCAAUUUCUAAGCACUAAUGAUGAAGAGCCGUUUGGGAGCCAAAUGAGCAGCUCUUUUAGGUGAAAGGAGCCAAACGUUCUGGCUCACCGAAAAGACUCUGAAUCACUAUGCAACAGAGCUCUAAAAGGGACAAUUACAUACUUUGUAAUAGAAACUAAAAAUAUCAAAUUUUUUGAGUGAAUAAUAAUUAAUUUAUAUAUAUAUAUAUUUAUAAUGAAAGUAUAAUCAUUAAUAAUAAUAACAAUCAGGAUGUUGUGUCCAAUGAGGUAAAUGCAGAUGGACAAACUCAAUGCUUCAGCCUAUGUACAUUUUAUAACCACUAUCCUGCAUUAGUUGGGCUACAGGAGAUAAUGGUUAUAGCACAUCUGAUAAUAUAGACCAUGCAUAGGCUAUAUACAUGGUCCAAUAUGAUUUUACCAAUAUUUUAUUGUGCAAAUUUCUGGAGGUGGAAAUUUAAUUUGAAAUGGUUUCAGCAUAAUUUUAUUUUCAUUCAUUUUGGAGUAGAAUGUCCCUUUAAAAAGUCACAAGAACUGAGCUUCUCAGUCUUCUACUUACAAAUUAUCCCAGGGAGGACCCCCUAAGGAAGGGGACUGGAAUUGGUCAAACUCGCAGUUUAGGCCUAAUACAUGUACAAAAUGAUCCUCUUUCCUUAAAAGCAUGAUGGUCGUGACUUUCUUACAUGAAAGGGCAGGUUAACUUGGCCCCAGACAAGUUUCAGUCAUGGGAUUCGUUUUUUUGCUUUAACCCCUGCUCAAGUAUUUAACCAGUUGUGUAAAGUACUUAAGUAAACAUACUUGAAAGUACUACUUAAGUCAUUUUUGUUGUUGUUGUAUCUGUACUUUACUAUUUAUAUUUUUGCGAACUUUUACUUACUACAUUCCUAAAGAAAAUAAUGUACUUUUUACUCCAUACAUUUUCCCUGACACCCAAAAGUACUCGUUACAUUUGGACAGGAAAAUUGUCAAAUUCACGCAAGUCAUCCCUACUGCCUCUGAUCUGGCAGACUCUCUAAUCACAAAUGCUUCGUUUGUAAAUUAUGUCUGAGUGUUGGAGUGUGCCCCUGGCUAUCCGUAAAUAAAUAAUAUAUAGAAAAUUGUGCCGUCUGGAUUGCUUAAUAUAAGGAAUUUGAAAUGAUUUAUACUUUGACUUUUGAUACUUAAGUAUAUUUUAGCAAUUCCAUUUACUUUUGAUACUUAAAUAUAUUUAAAACCAAAUACUUUUAGACUUUUACUCAAGUAGUAUUUUACUGGGUGACUUUUACUUAAGUCAUUUUCUAUUAAGGUAUCUUUACUUUUACUCAAGUAUGACAGUUGAGUACUUUUUCCACCACUGUAUUUAACUAUUGAAGAUGUAAUGUUAGGUAACAAUUUACUUGAACUGUACAUAAUAACAGCAUCAUGACAUUGUCAUAAACAUGUAAUCUGAUGUUGAAUGUUAAUUUUGUCUCCAGGUUUGUGCCAUACAUCGGAAUCGUUACCAUUCUGAUGAACGACUACCCCAAAUUCAAGGUAAGAUAUUUUACAUCGUCAUCACUAGAAGCAAAAUCACUAUGUUUUAUGAAUUGUUGACUAAAUUCAGCCUUAUUAGGGGCGGUAUGCAGGUAGCCUGAAGGUUAGAGAGCCUGAGCAGUAACCAGUCCAGUUGCUGGGUCAUAUUUUGGGAUCUAAACAGUGGGAGGGGAACUGGCAAACGGAAAGCUGUUGUUUUUAGAUCCCCGGAUCAGAGAUACUAUUAUUCUGUUGUUCUUUGCCUUCCCAGUAUGCUGUUCUCUUCCUGCUGGGUCUGUUUGUCCUGGUCCAUCGGGAGUGAGGAAGAGACUACCUAACUAUCUGCCACAGAUGAAGAAUUGGAAAUCCCCACCCCACCAUGCCUUUCAAGACAUAAUUAUGUUGAUUAUGUCUAAUUACGUUGCUUUUUUUUGGAUUGUGUGUAGAAAUGUGGAUAGUGUUCUUUACAUUAUUAAAAAAACAAGCAUUCAUUAUUUUUGUGAGGGAAAUUAGAUAUAAGUUAAGUAGAAUAAAGAGCUGUAAUCUUUUUUUUCUUUUUUUAAGAACAUGAAUCCAACAUUUUAGAUGGUUAAUUACAUAUUUUGUUUUCACUGUUAAUUAGGUUUUGCUUUGCUUAAAGUAUUGUAUGACAACUGAUAUAUUUGUGACAUUAAAUAUGACAUCUGUUACCCUCUCCUGCUUUCUGGUAACUUAUGCAUCUAGUGUUUUCUUAUAUUCAAGCAUAACUUCACUAAAACACAUUUGUGCAUUUUCAAAAUGCCAUUAUUUUACAUGCAGGCUAAAUAUAACAUUUACAUAUGUCAUUUAGCAUACGCUCUUAUCCAGACUGAUUUACAGUU